AUGUCUGAAUCUUUGGCCGCAUUCCGUACUGGACGCAGCAAGGAGCUCGCCCAGCUUGCCGAAGACCACAUCAACCAUGACUUAAGCCAGCAGGAUCAGGAGCUUCUGAAGAGCGCAGCCAAGAAGGUUGGAACCCACGCGACUGUCGCCUCCCUGGCUGGCCUUGGUCUUGGUGUCUUUGCUGCGAUUCGAUUGCGCAGCAUGCGCGUAGCAUACUUCAAGGCCUUCAGGGCGAUGGAGAAGCCUGUUGAGCUUCGCUUUGCGGACGGCCGAACUGAGCCCAUUCCUGACAUCUCCGCACAGCUCGCACCCUCAAAAUGGGGCGAUGCUGCGACCUACUUCUUCUUCUCGGUCGCCGGCCUCUUCCUCGGUGGUGAGCUCGGUUUAAUCACCGGUACUGCAUCGGCGACAAGAACAAUCACAAGCGACCCGGCAGCGAAAGAGCGCAUCGAGAAGGCCUUCAAGAACUACCGCGUCGAUGUCUUGAAGCGCGAGAUCAAGCAGCUGGAGGGCAAGAGCACUUUUGAGCAGAUGUUCAGCUCAAGCAGCUCGUGA